UUCACGCAGCUGAAGCCGAUACACGCAGCCCACCUCGGGAGAAUAUUUGCACGUUGAUGUUGGUUCAAGACAAUUUGCAGGGAUAAACACUGUCCCACGUCUAAUCAGACACAAACACAAAAUCGGCAUAUCUAAGUUGACGGAGCAGCGAACUUGCCGUUGGAAGGUAGCCUAUAUGUUUUUUUUUCAGAAACAGACGAGAGCUAGUUAGACAAGCAUCCCAGGUAACUUCGCGAGUGACAGGCUGUGUAGAAAUCAGCGAUCUUAAGAAGCAAUUGAACACUUUAGACGGGAUCAUCUUUGUUCAGCUAGCAACAUGGAUCUCGGAGUUCCAUUUAGUUCUGGCUGUGCUGAAACGCAGCAGGUUGACCUGAUCGUGCUGGUGAAAGAAGAAGAUAUAAAAGAGGAGGAGUAUGGUCAUAUGAUUUCAUGUCCAGAUGAAGAAGAAAAGCCCUUUGCAGAGCUUCACUGUGAAUCUCAAACAGACUGUAAAACUGAAACAGACGUCACAGAGUCACCAAGGUCUACUUACAAUGAAAUGACAACAGUGACGAUUGAAGUGAAGAAAGAGGAGGAGGAAGAGGAGGAACAACACGAACAUCUGCUGGAAAGUGUAUCAGAACAUCCACAUGUAACGCAAAAGAAGAUCCAGGGACAGAAUGAUGAACUCAACCUGCAGCUCAAAGGAAGGCUGCACCACUGCACGGUCUGCAGGAAGAGUUUCAUGACUCAGAGAGAACUUGACAAACACCAGCAAACACACUCUGUCAGGGUGAAUGAAAAGGAGAAGUCUCAUUGUGAAAAAGCAUUUACAACAUCCUCACUAGUUAACCAGCACAUGCUUACACACACUGUAGAGAAGCCUCAUCAAUGUACCCAGUGUGGAAAAGCUUUUUCACAUAGUUCAAGUCUUAGAAACCACAUGCUGAUGAUACACACUGUAGAGAAGCCUCAUCAAUGUGCCCAGUGUGGAAAAGCUUUUUCACAUAGUUCAAGUCUUUCACGCCACAUGCAUGAACACAAAGGAAAGAAGCCAAACAUGAAACACUCUGGAGAGAAUCCUCAUAAAUGUGCCCAGUGUGGAAAAGCUUUUACAACAUCCACAACUCUUAAAUUUCACAUGCGUAUACACACUGGAGAGAAGCCUCAUAAAUGUGUCCAGUGUGGAAAAGCAUUUACAUCAUCCACAACUCUUAAAUGUCACAUGCGUACACAUACCGGAGAGAAGCCUCAUAAAUGUGUCCAGUGUGGAAAAGCUUUUUCACAAAGUUCAACUCUUAGAAGACACAUGCUUAUACACAGUGGGGAGAGGCAUCAUAAAUGCGCCCAGUGUGGAAAAGCUUUUACAACAUCCAAAAUUCUUAAAUUGCACAUGCGUAUACAUACCGGAGAGAAGCCAUAUAAAUGUGCCCAGUGUGGAAAAGCUUUUAUAACAUCCACAACUCUUAAAUGUCACAUGCGUACACAUCCUGGAGAGAAUCCUCAUAAAUGUGCCCAGUGUGGAAAAGCUUUUACAACAUCCUCAAUUCUUAAAUUGCACAUGCGUAUACAUACCGGAGAGAAGCCAUAUAAGUGUGCCCAGUGUGGAAAAGCUUUUACAACAUCCACAAGUAUUAAUUGUCACAUGCGUACACAUACUGGAGAGAAGCCUCAUAAAUGUGUCCAGUGUGGAAAAGCUUUUUCACAAAGUUCAACUCUUAAAAGACACAUGUUAAUACACAGUGGAGAGAAGCCUUAUAAAUGUGUCCAGUGUGAAAAGGUUUUUCAAACAAUGUCAAACUUAACAUGUCACAUACUUACGCACACUGGAGAGAAGCCUCAUAUAUGUUCCCAGUGUGGAAAAGCUUUUACACAAAUUUCAACUCUUAGAAUACACAUGCUUAUACACAGUGGAGAGAAGCCUCAUAAAUGUGUCCAGUGUGAAAAGGCUUUUCAAACAAUGUCAAACUUAACAUGUCACAUGCUUACGCAUACUGGAGAGAAGCCUCAUACAUGUACCCUGUGUGGAAAAGCUUUUUCAAGAGGUACAACUCUUAAAAGCCACAUGCUAAUACACACUGGAGAGAAGUCUCAUAAAUGUGUCUAGCAGAGGUUGAAAAAGUACUAAAAUAUUGUACUAAAGUAAAAGUAGCAAUACUUUGAUUAAAUAUUACACAAGA